AUGAACCGUCGAGUAUAUCAUCUCCCUCGAGGAGCUCACACGCAGUCCAUCCGCGAGGGCACAUCAUCCAUCAAAGCACAGGCCGUCGCAGACCUGCUGAACCGCGCGUCUAACGAUAUUGUGCCCGCUGUCACAAAGGUCGUGGUGAGGAAUUUGUAUGUCAAGGCGCUCCGGGAGCUGUGGGGUGAUCGUGGUGGUGGUGGUGGUGAAAAAGAUCGGCGGUCGUAUGGUAUGUACGGGGCUCGACGUACUGUUGGCAACGGAUCCGGUGCUGAAGCGGACGCUGGAGGAGGGGUUCGAGGUACUGUGGAGCUUUCCGGCGGGGUAGUGGUUACGGACUCAGAGCUGGAUGUUGUCAGCAGAGGGGCCUAUGCAGCGGCGUUUGGAUAA